GUGCAAGGGCAGAUGGAAGAAGUUAUUUUCGAUUAUCUUCAUGCAGCUGCAUUUUACAAGCAUCCAUUAGGAGAUACCAUAUUAGGUCCUGAGGAGAAUAUUCAGGCAAUUUCAAGAGUUGAUCUACAGAAAUAUAUUUCAAGUCAUUAUGCAGGCCCAAGAAUGGUUGUCUCUGCUGCUGGAGCUAUUAAGCACGAUGAGGUUGUUAAUUUAGUUCACAGAUUGUUCACAAAGUUUUCUAGGGAUCCAACAACAGCUGAUCAGCUUGUUAGGGCUAAGCCAGCCACUUUUACUGCUUGUGAGGUUUGCUGCAUUCUUAUAAAAGUUGUUAUUUUGAGUUAUUUACAUUCCUACCACAAAAUUUACAUAUCUAACACCCAAAUCGUUAUAUUUAUAUGACUUUUUAGUGUAUAA